CAAUGAUUUCAUCCAAGCAUGGUUCCGAAAUGGUUGAAGUUGAAAAUCGUAGAGGCCAGAAAAAGUUGAAGCCAGUAAUGAUACGUGACUACAAUUGCUUUAUGUCGGGAAUUGACAGAAUUGACCAGAUGACUUCAUAUUAUGGCACACCACGAAAAACUUUGAGAUGGUACAUGAAAGUUUUCUUUCACUUACUAGAUAUUUGCAUGUGGAAUGGCAACUGGUUGUUGAAUAAAAAUAGGAACACGUCAAAGAAAACAAGAAUGUCGUACCUUCAGUUUAGAGAGGAAGUGAUCCAACAUUUAUUGGGACAAACAGAACGGCCAAGCAGAAAAAAAGUUGUUGCGGCACAUAACUUGAAAAAAGAAAAUAAGCGGAAAAGAUCUUGACAGUGCAGUACAACCAAGAAAAGGGCUGUCACCUGGUACACAUGCCAGGAAUGUAAGGGGAGUGAUGGACAGCCCAUUGGGUUAUGUGUUACACCCUGUUUUGCUGAGUGGCACAGAAAAGACAAUUAAACUUAUAUGUUUUAUUUUUUAUUGGAAGUAAUUUUUAGUUUUGUUAAUGUUAAAUAAAUAAAUGAUUUUUUAUAAGUAGUAGCUAAA